AAAAAAAAAUUAAAUCUAAGUUAAUUAGGUAGCCAAGGGAAAUUGCCACUGCUUCAUCUUCCCCUAUAAAUUGCUUUCAUUUUCCUUCUCCCUUAUAACCAAGUACAUGUUUGGUUUUGAGAUAGCAUCAUAGAAUCUGUUGGGCUCUAAAAUAUAUUUUUUUCUUUACUUUUGGAAAAAGGAAGAAGAUGAAGUACGUGCUUGUAACAGGAGGUGUUGUGAGUGGAUUAGGAAAAGGAAUCACAGCGAGUAGUAUUGGUGUUCUUCUUCAAUCAUGUGGUCUUCGUGUUACUUGUAUCAAAAUAGAUCCAUAUCUUAACUAUGAUGCUGGAACCAUAUCUCCUUAUGAACAUGGUGAAGUGUUUGUCUUAGAGGAUGGCAGUGAGGUGGAUCUUGAUCUUGGAAACUACGAGAGGUUUCUAGGUUGCACACUAACCCGAGAUAACAAUAUCACUCUUGGAAAGAUUCAGCAGCAAGUAAUGGAUAGAGAGAGGAAAGGAGAUUACUUAGGAACUACUGUUCAGAUUGUUCCUCACGUCACUGAUGCAAUAAAAGAAUGGGUGGAGAGAGUUGCCAUGAUUCCUGUAGAUGGAAAGGAAGGUCCUCCUGAUGUUUGCAUCAUCGAAUUAGGUGGAACUAUAGGAGAUAAUGAAUCUAGGCCUUUCACUGAUGCACUUAGCCAAUUAUCAUACAGUGUAGGACCUGAGAAUUUCUGUCUGAUCCAUGUCACCCUUGUGCCUGUGCUCAGUGUUGUUGGUGAACAGAAAACAAAACCAACACAGCACAGCAUUAGAGAUCUACGAGGACUGGGCUUGUCACCUGAUAUUAUAGCUUGCCGAAGCACAAAGGUACUUGAAGAGAAUGUAAAAGAAAAGCUAUCUCGAUUUUGCUAUGUUCCGGUGCAGAAUAUCUUAUCUCUCCAUGAUGUUCACAACAUCUGGCACAUUCCCUUGUUGCUCAAGGAUCAGAAUGCUCAUGAACCAAUCUCAAAAGUCCUGAACCUUGCUGGAAUAGCUGAAGAACCUUCUUUAGAAAAAUGGGCUUCAAUGGUGGAAAUUAGUGACAACUUACAUGUACAGGUGAGAAUAGCUGUGGUGGGGAAAUAUACAGACCUCUCAGAUGCAUAUCUAUCAGUCUCGAAGGCCCUCAUGCAUGCUUCUGUGGCUUUUGGCAAAAAGCUUGUAGUUGAUUUGGUUCCAUCUCCUGAUCUUGAGAAGACCACAAUGAAAGAGAACUCAUCCGCAUACAAGGCUGCGUGGAUGUUACUGAAGGGUGCAGAUGGAGUUAUUAUCCCUGGAGGGUAUGGUAAUAGAGGAGUGGAAGGGAAGAUUCUUGCAGCCAAAUACGCUAGAGAAAACAAUAUCCCUUUCCUAGGUAUCUGUCUUGGGAUGCAGGUCGCUGUCAUCGAGUUUGCACGCUCAGUUCUCUGCUUGCCUGAUGCAAAUAGCACAGAGUUUAAACCUGAAACCAAACAUCCAUGCAUAGUCUUCAUGCCUGAGGGCUCCACGACUCACAUGGGAGGAACAAUGAGAUUAGGCUCAAGAAGAUCUUACUUCCAUGUCAAGGACAGCAUAUCUGCAAGACUAUAUGGGAACAAAGAGUUUGUUGAUGAGAGGCAUCGCCAUAGAUACGAGGUGAAUCCUGAUAUGGCUGUAUGCCUCGAGAAAGCAGGUCUCUCGUUCGCUGCAAAAGAUGAAACUGGCAAACGCAUAGAGAUUGUUGAAGUACCAAGCCACCCUUUUUUCAUUGGUGCUCAAUUCCAUCCUGAAUUCAAAUCAAGACCCGGGAAAGUAUCUCCGUUGUUCUUAGGACUAAUAGCAGCAGCAUGUGGUGAGCUAGAUGCAGUCCUGACUCCAGUCUCCAUUCAACAAGACAACAACCAACAUGUGGUACUUGGCAAUGAAACAAGGGUUGAUCCAAUAAAUGGUUUUUGUAAUGGAACCAACAAGACCUCUCAGAAAAGUGUAAGACAUAACAAUGACCUCUAUCUCCAUCAGAUUUCAAAGAGCAGCCGACGUAAACUAAACGGCAAUCCUUAUUUUGAUUCUGAGUGAUAUAAGUAAAUGUAAAAUGCUAUGCAUAAUAAACUAAAUAAACCUUGUAAAAUAAUUCUGACAACUAUUCUAUAACUUUAACAUUUUUAA